AUGACCGCCUGUAGUCUAUUGUACACCCUACGGGUCAACCUAAAUGUGGCGAUUGUGGAGAUGGUUAGGCCUAAAAACUCCAGUCAUCCCCAGGACUGGUGUUAUAACUACAAUGGAGAUGACUAUAAAUUUGACAAUUUACCGUCUCACAGAGAUUAUGAUUGGAGUGAAUCGACCCAGGGCAUUAUAUUAGGCGCAUAUUUCUACGGUUUUACGGCCACACAAAUCGUCGGCGGACUCCUGACGGACCGGUGGGGCGCCAAAUGGGUCUGCAGUUUGGGUUUAGCGGUUCCGGCGCUCGUGAACGCCGUGUCCCCAUUUGCUGUGGACCGGGAUUAUAGCUGGCUCAUUGUCAUCAGAGUGAUAAUCGGCGCCUUUCACGGCUUGGUUCACUCGUCUCUGUUCUCAAUGUAUGCCAAAUGGUUCCCAACGCAGGAGCGGACGAUAGCCAUCGCCGCCACACAAUUUGGUGGUAAUAUUGGCGCUGUUUUCAUGUCGCCAAUGGCUGGCUAUCUGGCCAAACAUGGAUACGCUGGCGGCUGGCCCUCUAUUUUCUACACAUCCAGUCUUAUACACAUCAUAUGGUUGAUCCCAUGGCUGUUGUUUGCGUACGACUCGCCCGCAGAUGAUAAGGGCAUCAGUCCUGAUGAACAUCUCUAUAUAUUACAGAACACGGUAUCGCAAACCGCUAAAAGUUCAGCUCCCAUUCCCUGGAAAUCCAUACUCACCUGUCGCACAGUCUAUGCGUCAAUAUUGGCUAAAACGAGCGGAUCGUUUGGCUAUUAUGUGGUGGUGACGAUCUAUGCGUCAAUAUUGGCUAAAACGAGCGGAUCGUUUGGCUAUUAUGUGGUGGUGACGAGUGUGCCCUCAUAUUUCGAUACCAUAUUUAGUGUCAAAAUAACCGAUAAUGGAUUGUACACAGCACUCAUGUAUCUGUUCAUUGGUAUUACUCUAUUAAGUGCCGGCCCUCUGUCCACCUUUGUUAUCGCAAAGUCUAAGUUUACGCGAACCAGAAUUAGAAAGCUAUUUCAAAUGACCGCUCUUGUGGGACCGGCUAUAUGUCUGGCACUCGUACCGGCAGUUGGUUGUGAUUUAGUGUCAGUUGUCAUACUAAUUGUGUUGAGUAUGUGUUUGUAUGGGUUUAUAACGGGAGGCGAGUACCCAAUUAUACCGGAAUACGCGCCAGAAUUUACGGGAACUGUGUUUGGGUUAACCAAUACUCUGGCCUCGGCCAUGGGCUUUUUAGGGCCUAUUAUUGUCGGACAGAUUCGAGACACAAAUAAUAAUACACAAAGUCGCAAGAAAUGGGAUUUGGUUUUCUACGUGACGGCAGCUUUCUAUCUGUUGGGCGCCGUAUGUUUCGAAAUAUUAGCGUCGGCUCAGCGCCAACCCUGGGCUACGAUCACUGAGCAAAUACCGGUAAUUCCCGACUAUAUAAACAAAAUAAUGGUCAACUCUAACUCAACAAUAACUCUAUCGAUGCCUUUGUUCCGGAGCCUAAUUGAGCCGAACUUCACCAAAACCGAUAACUUGACCACAAUUUACAAUAACAUCAUUUCCCUGCACUCGAGCACUCUUUUCGACGAUGAAAACGGAAGGAUAGGCUUUCUGUUGUCCACCAAAGCUUUCAUUCAAAUGGUUUGCAACUUCUUCGUCAGUCCUCUCAUCAAUCGUAUCGGUUAUGAAAAGACACAAAUAUUCGGGUCUUUUGUUUUGCUUCUCUCAUCAUUGCGUGAGUUAUUCACAAUUAUAGCCUAUUUCUAG